UAACAUUGUCUCUGUGUUUUUCUUUAGCAGCGCAUCUACGAUCCAGUGGACAACUAGCCGAUACUACGGAUCCAGUAAUAAAAUUGAGGGACACAGUUUAAGCAUUCAUGUAACCGAGCUUUUCAAGCCGGCUUGCGGAAUUAGAUAUGCAAAAACCGUAAGACCCGCCCUGCCCCGCACUCAUCUACAUAAAUUCGUUCUUUUCCAAGUUUCUUCAUGAGUUUGAAAACCCUCACUACCUCAAUUUCUUGAAUCCGACCAUCCCUCCUCAGCAUAUAAGCUUUGGUUGCAAGGAGAAUUCAUAGCGGUGCUAGAAUAAGCAGUUUUGGGAAAAUAGAUAAUGCUUUCUAACAUGGUCUUGUCUUGAUUUUGUUUGAUUUACGACAUUUUUUAUCUGUUUGUGAUGGAUCAAUUUUACAAAGUUUCGUAGAAACUAACGCCAAUUAAUCCAUAAAUUAAGAACAAACCUGAACAAAUGGAAACCGCAUCAUUGGAGUAUUCUGCCGCCUCAACAGUGACCACAUUUGACCCCCCGGUGCCCUUGCUCCGUGGACCCAUUCUGGACGGCCCAUCGGACGACCCGUUGGCCGGGCCGUAUGUGCUCGCGUUUCGGGACCCCCAAGUUUGGGCCUCCGCGCUCAAAGCCUGCGAGUCCAAGCUCGUGGACCAGUGCGAGCAUGGUGCGAGAGUUGGAUACGCCAUCGCUGCGUCCAACAAGUGCAAAAUCCCCUGGUGGCGUGCUAUGGUUUGCCCGAGGGCGAUGGAUCUGAGCGGGCGCGAGAAGUACGAGGAGCGAGAAAUGGAGGGUUGUGUCUUGGCGGCGAAGGAGAAGUGUAUUGGGUUUGCGAGGGACAAGUGUGCAGCACCGUUUCGGGAUGCCCGAAUUGUGGCGAGGGAAGGGCGGGUGAGGACGAAGGAUCUUGGGAAGUUGAUCGCUUGGGCAUCAGUUGCCUAUAGGAGUACGUGGAUGAACCUGAUUAGAUUGGAUCAAUUGGGUUGGCGGGUUUUGGCGGCGAGGAGUUAUAGGGCUAGUGAAUUGCUCGGCUUUGAUAGCAAUUUUGAAAAGGUUUUAAAAGGCGAAAAUUGAGAAAUGUGUUGUUCCCACAGAAGUUGCCCCUAGUACAAAUACAUGCACGGUUUUUCCACCAUCAAGAAUCACUGUCAAGUGGGAAUGUUUAUGUUCUUUACCAUGAUUGCUAGCAACACUAUUGCUUGGCCACUG